UCCCGCAGGCGCCGGGGGCCGGGCCGGCGGGGGCGGUGCUGGCAGGCGGGCCGAGCCGGGCCGGGGAGAGCCGAGCCACUCCGCCGGCAGCAGCGCCGGGCCGAGGGCAGCCCGCAGCAUGUCGCCGCUCCGCGUCUGCAUCAUCGGCUCGGGGAACUGGGGAUCAGCCAUAGCAAGAAUCAUUGGCAAAAAUGUCCAGAAAUCCAACAGAUUUGAUCCUACUGUCAAGAUGUGGGUAUUUGAAGAGAUCAUCAAUGGAAGAAAACUCUCAGAAAUAAUCAACCAGGAACAUGAAAAUGUUAAAUAUCUGCCUGGAUACAAAAUACCCAAAAAUGUGGUGGCUGUACCGGACGUGGUCGAAGCAGCAAACGGGGCAGAUAUUUUGGUGUUUGUUCUGCCGCAUCAAUUCAUUGGCCAAAUCUGCGAGCAGAUCGCAUGCCAGAUAAAACCCGGGACAUUUGGGAUUUCCCUGAUCAAGGGGAUCGAUGAGGGUCCUGAAGGCCUGAAGCUCAUAUCUGACCUCAUUCAAGAGAAACUGAAAAUAGAAAUCAGUGUGCUUAUGGGGGCCAACAUCGCCAAAGAAGUGGCUGAUGAGAAGUUCUGUGAAACCACCAUCGGGUGCAAAAAUGAAAAACAAGGGAAAAUCUUUAAAGAACUAAUGCAGACCCCCAAUUUCAGGAUUACCGUGGUGCUUGACUCUGAUACAGUGGAGAUUUGUGGAGCCUUAAAAAACAUCGUAGCAGUGGGAGCUGGUUUCUGCGACGGACUGGAUUUUGGUGAUAAUACGAAGGCAGCAGUUAUACGUUUGGGCCUUAUGGAAAUGGUGGCCUUUGCCAAGAUGUUCUGCAGGGGACCGGUAUCAAUAGCCACUUUCCUGGAAAGCUGCGGCGUUGCUGACCUUAUCACUACCUGCUAUGGAGGACGGAACAGAAAAGUAGCAGAAGCCUUUGCUCGCACAGGAAAAUCCAUCGAAGAACUGGAAAAUGAGAUGCUGAACGGACAAAAGCUGCAAGGUCCUCAGACCUCAGCUGAAGUCUACAAGAUUCUGAAACAGAAAAAUAUGAUCGAUAAGUUUCCGUUAUUUACAACCAUCUACAAGAUCUGCUACGAGGGUGAAUCGAUCCAGGAUUUCAUCAUGUGCCUGCAGAACCAUCCGGAGCACAUGUAGAGAUCCGCUCUCCUCACCUGGUCACCUUCUCCUCUUUCCAGGACGCCUGUCCCCUCCACAGCAAAUAAAGUAGAGCAACAGGUGGUGUGACAACACUUGCUGUAAAAGCAAGAGAGAAUGUAUUUCAGUAUCCUCAUUCUGGGGGUAAAAAUCUGCCUUUAAUUUCAAUAUUAUACCCAAGGAACAGGAAAUGAAUGUACAAUUUAACAGUAUUUGAAUGUGGGCAUUUGCCUAGAGCUACUUUCUUGUUGAUUGAAAACAGUUCCCUUUGUAAUUUCCAUAACAAGAGCUCAAUCCAGCUCACGUGAACCUCAACAUUUUGCCUACUAAUAUUACUUACAGAACAGCACGAGAUGCUGAAAAAUUGAAGAACUCAUUCAAACAGAAAAAUUCGAGUAAAAAAACCUAAGUUGACAGCAACAAGAUCCAAUCACGUGGGCAAAUGUUGGGUUUCCAUAAUUCCCCUCAAACACAAAUAACGUUUUGUAUUUUGUGACAUUUAGCCCUUCCUUGAUUUCAUUUCCCAGCGUAAGGCUCUUUGGAAAAAUGGGUAUCGUUACUGUGCUCAGACACAUGAAUAUUCGGUAGAUGUAUAAAUAAAACAGUUUAGGGGGUGGGGAUUGGGGAUUUAUUUUUUUUUGUUUGAAAUUUAGGACACUAGGAAUCCUCAGUAGCUAUCUGACCUUCAUUACACUUACUGUAUUCUGUUGAAAUACACAAAAAAAAUGUGGAAUAACCAAAUACAUUUAUGUUAGCGUCAGGAUUUCUCAGCAAGUCAUUAAUUGGUACUAGCUGAGAGGGGAGAGCUGGAGGUUGACAAGGAGGGAAUAUGCACAACUCCAGCUUGUGCAAUGCUGUUAUUUUGAGGAUGUAACAGUGAAAAACCCUCUGUAAUACUUGACUUUUUAUACACGCAUGGAAACGACCGCUGUAGACGCACAGAAAUUCUGUAAAAUUGCAUUUGAAACCGGGCUGCAUUUUAACUCCACGGGACUGACGCCCAUGCAACUUCCCCAUCUCUCCAGACUGCAGACCAAUGCCCUGAUCCUGCUGUAGCUUAAGCAACGCAUCUUACACUCCAGAAGGGAGAUCUCUCUACCUACUUCUAAAUUUUAAACACAAACUGGUUCAUAAACCAGUUGUUUUUGGGUUUUGUUUUCGUUUUUUUUUUUUAGCUACCAAUGGCGUUAAUUUUAGAAACAUGAAAGUUUUUAAACCUUAUAGCUGUACUUGGGUAACUUUACAUACCUGAUGUUUUUCAGAGUUAAAGCCAUCUAUGAAACGAACAGUGGCACAUUUUAUAAGCUUUAAUACCCUUUUGAAACACUCCUAUUUUGAGACAAGGCAAAUGAAAAGGAAGAGUAACCUACUUUUGCUUUGUCUGAUUUUCCAAAAUAGCAGCGAGGAAGGCAAGUGGGUUUUUUAAUCUCUCCAUGUAUUUGCUGACAUAAUUGCUUAGGGAUAAAAUAAUAAAAUAAAAAAUCUAGAUUAUAAAAUUGUCUCCAAUCUGCAUUUUGGAGAAACGUUUUUAUGUCUUUCACAUUUAUCAGAGUUAUAUAUAUAUAUAUAUA